CGCCCUUAAUUACCUUGCUGUUUAAUAUACCUGGAUGCUUGUUCUUUUACUUGAACAUCAGCAUCCAUGUUGUCAGCUGGAACCAAACAGGAUUUGUCUACCAAAUAUUAUUUGUCCAUCAUACGUCUUCUUUUAUUGCUCACUGUCUAUCAAUAUGGAAUUGCAUCUGCUUCCACCAGUUACCAAUAUUUUGAAAUUCUCAUUCCAGAGGAAAUCUCAUACAUAUAUAAAAUAAGAGCUGCAGAGAAUUUCGGGACUUCCUUUAGACACAUAUACCACAGGAUAAAUUUAGUUGUCGCAGAACCUUACUUAGGGUGCAGUCCUCUUCUUAAUAAACAUGUUGUUGAUGGAGCAGUUGUUCUUCUGAAGCAAGGGAAAUGCACAUUUGUUACCAAAAGCUUCCAUGCUGAGCAGGCAGGAGCUGUUGCUGUAUUGAUCACAGACAGUGAUUCCAACAACGACAGUGAAUAUUUCAACAUGAUACAUGACAGCUCUAGUCACAUCAUUGACAUCCCGGUUUUCUUCAUGCUUGGAAAAGAUGGGUGGAUGAUAAGCGAGACGUUAAGACGAUGGUACCACUUUGGCAUCAUAAACAUCCCAGUGAAUAUCAGCCGAGUUCCUGUAGAUCAACUUCACUUCCCACCUUGGACAAUAUGGUGAUUCUACCAAGGACUUUUUAUCCUCUCAGUGGCAAAAAUAUCUUCUGCCAAUAUCGUACAGAAUCCUGCAAUAUUUCUGAAUACCUGACUGAGAAGAAGAAUGGUUUUUUUUCUUUUGUAAAUUUUCUUACUUUUCUUAUUAUUCAAGAAAAUUGCUGCUGUCUCUUAUGUCAAGUUAUUUCCUUUCGGUAAAGUGGGUGCUUAUGUGUGUGUUUGGCAAAAUAUACGAAGGGAUAAUAUUUUACCAUUUUUACUAGCAUAAAGACAGAACAUAUACACACACGCAUGCACGCACACACACACACACACACACACACAUCAUAUAUAUAUACAUCAUAUAUAUAUACAUACAUAUAUAUAUAUAUGUUGAUCAGGAACGUCAAAAUUUGAAUAACUAGACAUGAGGUGCCAGUUGUUAUAAC